GCUGUAAUUGUUACCACAGCGGUGAACAUAUUGCGUCAACUCACUUUUGAACCGUUGGUUGAGGACAAAAAUGUUAAACAUGAACAGCGAAAGAGUCUUCAAGCCAUUGACGACUUCGACAUCGCAACGUCCACCAGGAUCAUUCUGCAAACAAAAAGAAGAUUCUGGGAGGACGCAAAGUACAAUAUCCAAGGUGGCUUUUCCAAAACUAACCUCCCUAUCGGCAAAAUUUAUUACGUCAAGCCGGACCCGGAAUAUGUCGAGUCCACGAAACAAGGAAUAAUUCUGGUAUACACUUUGAAGAAUGACGCACUGAUUUUUGGUUCCUUGACGAAAGAGCAAGUCAAACUGGAGGCAAUUGAACAAAUCGCAGAAUUUCACCCCGAAAUCAAGGAGGAAGAUAUGAUUGAAAAAUAUUUUGUUCAUGGUUGGUCCAACCAGCCCUCUUACCGAGGUUGCGUUGCCUUUUUGAAGGCCAAUCAAUUUAACAAUGUCAGGUAGGAAUCAGAGAAAAUUGUAUGAUGUGAAAAAUGCCUUAUCUUGUGGUAUACUUAGAAAGAUGUUAUUGUAUAUCUUGUAAGAUAAGAUGAAUUCCUAAUGAGAUUAAUUGCGAAUACCAUAUGUGAGAGAUGAAGAUUUUAAUCAAUUUAUUUCUGCAAUUCAAUCUCAAGUGAUGGGAUGAAUUCCAAGCCGCACUUAACUUUUGUGCGAACUCAUUCGCCCUUCUUGUAGAUGUGCAAAGAUGAAACCGAUAUUUUGAAUUCGCCUAAAACAUUUACUAAAUACCAAAUUUUGUUUUCUCGCAGCUUAUAUUUCCAAUCAGUUUUACUGUCCCUAUAAUUUUAAACGUCUGAAAUUAUCGAUUAAUACAUUACAGUAAAAGUCAGUCAUGUGAUUUUGUUCCGUUGCCCGUUGGUAUACGAUACCUUGAUAAUGUGAAAUUUUUGUAUAAACGUCUUAUAAUUGGGAAGUACAGGAAUUUUCUGAAUGAAAUAUCUCUGCCAUCUACAUGCCAGAAAACUUAUACCGUUGGUAUUUUUUUGUUUGAUGGCGUGACUGUGCGCUCGCGCGAGAAUUGUUGUUGUUGCUUUAAUUUCCCGACAGCAGACGACAUUUCCGGCUAAAAUUGCAAUCGGUGUAACAGCUGGUCAAUUUAAAUUAAAGACAGGUAUGUAGAAACCAUCAGAAAUCGUUUGAAUUUCAGAGAUACGCGAAUGAAACGGAGCAAUGUUUAGGGAUGCACCGGAACUCGGUUCCGGCCGGUUAGUUCCGGCCGGAACCCCGAUUUUAUAGAGUUCCGGUUCCGGUCGGAACUAGUAAAAAAGUCUGUUUCAGAGAGAUAGAAUAUCAAACGUUUUUGUGUCUAACAAAAGGUCAUAGUAGGAAGAAAUUUGGACUACACAAGGGAAAUGUAGACUAUUAACACUUCUUUAUGACGUUUAACGCUUGUCAAUCUUUUUAUUCUAACAUUUGCGAGCUCUCUCCUUGAUGACUUGAAGUGUCUGCCUGUCUGGCAGCGGACAAAGUAACAUAUGACUAUAUAUGGCUUAAUAUAUUAGUUCCGGUUCCGGUCGGAUCCGGUUCCGGCCAGAACUUAAAAAACUGGUUCCGGUGCACCCCUAGCAAUGUUGAAGCAUUUUAAAGAGAAUUUUGCGGAAGACGUUAUAACAUCACUUGGGCCAUUCUUAAGAACGACGAAGAUGCAACCUAUGCUUACAAGAGAAGCUGCAAAUACUAAACUGUCGCGACGGAAAUCUUCUGAACAAAAGAUCAGAAAUCUUCUCGAAGUGCGUGCACCAAAAGCAAUUUUUAGCGGGAAAUGUGGUCUGCAACAUCAACAAUUCUCUCGCCGCGCCGCACAGUAAAAUCAACGGUAUUUGAGAACAGUAAGAUAUCUCAUAAUUUCCAAAUAGCGCGCACGCAAAAAAACUUUGCGACUGGGUUUCGAACCCGUGCUUCGAAUUACUAGAUCGAUGCUCUACCAAUUAAGCUACUGUACAUGGUCAGGACACAUUGAAGACUGGCUUAUGACUGAGUAUGUACGAUCCGGACAGUCUUCGUGCUAUUUUUAAUUUCAAUCCGGACCACUCGCUCUGUCAAUAACAUAUAAUACAUGUGUAUUUUAUUCAUCUAUGUAUAUUCAGUUUUAUUUUUUCGUAACUUAGAACUUUGUGGGAACCCAUGGGUAACGUACAUUUUGCUGGAGACGCUUUGUCAUUUUCCGCUGGUUGGAUUCAAGGUGCCUUGGAGAGUGGCCUCAAAGCCUCAUAUCAAGUUUAUGCCCGUGGCAAGAAGAGAACAACCAGAAAAUAUUAA